UAUAGAGGGAUUAUAUAAGGGGUGGGAUUAUAUAAAUUCAUUUUUUUUCCAAUUCCUUUCCGGCAAUAAAUCAAAUUCUACCUGUCUUCAGGUAAUAAUUACUACAUUAAUCAAAUAUGACAUAGCUGAGUGUUUUUGCUUGUUAUUCUUUAUUUUUUAAUCAAUGCUUUUCAUUAUUUUGAACCAUUUGUGUGAUUUUUUUUCUUGUAUUGUCCACAAUCUAUGCCUGAAAUAAAGCAGAUCGAUCAACAGGGACGUUGUAUAAAUCCCAGCUGCAGUUCUCCUGAACCACCAGCGGGGGGCGCAUCGACAGAGGGGAGGAUCUCAGAGGCAGCAGCCGGGAAAGGAGGAUCCGCGGUGGGAUGGCGCCGCGGCGGCAUCCCGCUCCGUCUCCCACAGGCUCCAGUUUGGCUAGCUAGCUGCUAGCUAACCGGAGCGGAAAAAUGAGCGACCGGGACGGUCGCAGGGUCGGAGGAGACUUCAGAGCGCCGCGCUUUUGAGGCUCCGAGCUUUGAGUGAUGCUCUCGCGAAAGAAAAGUAAAAACGAAGCGUCCAAACCGGCCGAGGUCCACGGGAAGUAUGUGAAGAAGGAGACGUCGCCGCUCCUCCGAAACCUGAUGCCCUCAUUCGUCCGCCAUGGACCCACCAUUCCCAGACGAACAGACGGCCCCCCGCCGGAGUUGGGCCCCUCCUCCUACCCCGUUGCCUCCAGCCGGGAGUCCGUGGCGUCUCGGUCGAAGAGCGUCCUGCGCGCGCCGGCGCAGAGGCCGCCGCAGGAGGUGGCCCGCAGGGAGAGCCACCGCAUGUCGGCGCCCCCCUACCUGCCCCGCAGCCUGGGGGAGCUCCCCCACGAUUACCGGGGCUCCACCCAGUCCUUCCUGACGGACGUCAGCCACAUGUCGGAGAACGGAGACGCGGCCCGCUUCUAUUACCCCCCCGAGGCGUACUACGACAGCCCGCAGCAGCAGCGACCCCGGAGGGCGGCGGAGCGCUUCCACGACGACCACGGAUACUUUGACCACGGCAAUCACAACUUCCUGAGACUUCCUCACCAGCACACCCCCCCGGCGCCGAGCCGACCCCCCUCAGGCAUCGGCCGGAUCCAGGCCAAGUCUCUGGGGAACCUGUCCAGCCUGGCGGGAGAGGACCUCCCCCUCCCGGCCGGCUGGACGGUGGACUGGACCAUCCGCGGCAGGAAGUACUUCAUCGACCACAACACCAACACCACGCACUGGAGCCACCCCCUGGAGAGGGAGGGGCUGCCCCCGGGCUGGGAGAAGGUGGAGUCUGCCGAGUUCGGGGUCUACUACGUCGACCACGUCAACAAGAGGGCGCAAUACCGACACCCGUGUGCCCCCAGUGUUCCUCGCUACGACCAGCCGCCGCCGCUGCCCCCGCCCGUCACCUACCAGCCCCGCCCCGCCGAGAGGAACCAGCCGGUUCUGGUGCCGGCCAACCCGUACCACACAGCCGAGAUCCCGGACUGGCUGCAGGUGUACGCCCGCGCCCCACUCAAGUACGACCACAUCCUGAAGUGGGAGCUGUUCCAGCUGGCGGACCUGGACACGUACCAGGGCAUGCUGAAGCUGCUCUUCAUGAAGGAGCUGGAGCACAUCGUCAAGUCCUACGAGGCGUACCGCCGGGCGCUGCUGUCCGAGGCCGAGGCGCGCUCGCAGCGCCAGCAGUGGUACGGCCCGCCGCCGCCCAAGAACUUUGUGGGGAACAUGUGACGACCUCCCGGUCCGUGAACUCUGUGCCUUCGCUUCAUCCAAAUCGCCGCGCGUGGACGGGAAGAGGGGCGGCCCCCAACGUCCGGCGCUGCCAAUUAAAGAGCUGCAGCUUUAAAGUGUCGGUUCUGCUCUGACCCGAACAUUUCACGUUUGGUUUCUGAAUGCGUCGCGCGACAAUCCUCCAAAGCUCGCCGCCGUGGAUGAUGGUUGGAGCGCGCUCAGUAAGGAGUCUGAUGGCGUUUCUCCUGAACCAUAAGCUAGCGGAACGUUUGAAUCUCAUCUGGGCGCGGCGCCGACAAAAAUGUGCAAUUCAGCGUUUUUUUCUGGAUUUUUGUGGAUCGAUCCAGCAGCAGAACCCGGGCAUGUGCAGGAGCGUCCCGCCUGCUUCAGGACUCAAGCACCAAUAAACUCCAGCAGCCGUAAAGGAGGAGAUGAACGUUUACUUCAUCAGCCAGACAACCAUUUCUGCUUCCUUUGUACAUAUUUGUCACAUUUAGAUGUUUCCAAAUAAAACUCAAAGUUUCAAACGAA